UCACCUCUUUAUGUGAGUGGGUCUAUAAAUAGGAAAGCGUCUCGUUCGAGUUACGCACGCAAUUAGCGAAAGUACUUAGCGAAGCGACAGGGCUCCUCUAAAGAGGGAAAUUCCUAGCCACCUAUUUGGCCAGCACCAGAGUGUAUCUAUAAUUGCUCAGUGCGUUCUUGGCGACGCUGCUGUGAAAAUCACUUACUGGGCACUCUUCUCGCCACGUCGCGUCUCGCCACACGUAAUCGAUGCAAGAUUUCGGUGAAAAUAUUCAGCAGGUCCACAAUGACCAGCUGGGCAGGCACCUGGUGGCAGGGAUGAACAUCGAACCGGGUGAUACUCUGCUGGAGGAGCGCCCCCUGCUGGUGACUCCUCACUGGGAGUGUGGCCAGCUCAAGUGCGCCCAGUGCUUCCAGGAGUCGUACGUCAUCUGCCGGCGGUGUCAGGUGUAUCCUCUGUGCAUGGAUUGCAGUCAGCACGAUGACUUUGAAUGCAGUUUCUUUGCUAGUGGAGCAGGGAAAGGUAUCUGCAAGGAUAUCCUGGUGAAAAACUAUGGCAUAUGUGGUCUUCUCAAGUUGCUGCUCCUCCUGGAAGAUCCUGCCACUCGACCUGAUUGUGAGACGCUCGUGGAACGGCCAGUUAACCUGGAUGAUUAUAGGGAUGGGGACGGAAUGUGGCAGGAGCAUGAAGAGCAGGUGGUAAGGCCACUGAUGGCCAGUGGCCUACUGGAGGUCCUUCCAGGCCAGCAGCUGACGAGUGAUGUGCUGCACGCCCACUGCAUCCGUAUCGACAGCAAUGCCUUCGAGGUGACCGCCCGGGACGGAGACACCUUAAAAGGAGUAUUCGUGUGCGGAGCCAGUCUGCCGCAUAACUGUGUUCCCAAUACGGUGGUGGCCUUGGACGAGCAGUUCAACAUGAAGCUCUAUGCAGCUGUGCCCCUCCAGACCGGUGACAUCAUAUACAACUCCUACACGAAUCCCCUGAUGGGAACCAGCCAAAGGCAACAUCAGCUACGUCUCAGUCGCCGCUUGGACUGCUCCUGCUCCAGGUGUCUGGAUCCCACGGAAAUGGGCACCCAUAUGAGCAGCAUGAAGUGCCGGGAAUGCUCCCAGGGAUAUGCUGUCUGCGAAAUGGACUCCGAAGGUCGACCUGGCGACUGGCGCUGCUUGGAGUGUCAGGCCACCAUGUCAGCUGCCAGUGUGCAUGAGCUGUUGGCGGAGGUGGGAGGCGCCUUGGUGGAGGCUCGCGGUGAGCUGCCGGUCUACGAAUCCCUGCUGACUCAGUACAAAUCUAUGCUUCAUCCCAAUCACUUCCUGCUGCUGGACAUCAAGCAAAACAUAGCCAGCAUUCUGCGGGCCGCCGCACUAAUGAACUCCAUGGAGCAGCCUUGCAAGAAACUGCUGGCUCGCAGGGUGGAGCUAUGCUCCGAUCUGUUGCCCGUCUGCCGGGCCGUGGUUCCGGGCAUUUCCAAGCUUUAUGCCAUCGGCCUGUUUGAGUAUCUUCUGGCUCUGAUCGAGCUGGUGGAGCUGCAGUUUGCCGAAAGUGAUAUGACCAAAAAGGAGUAUGUGGCCCAGCUAAGGACUGCCAGGGUGGUGGGCAAGGAAGCUAUGGAUCUGCUACGCUUUGAGCCGGAAAACUCUGCCGAGGGCUACCUCUCCGAUCGUAUUUCCAUGGAGUUGGAGCGCAUCGACUCGGAUUUGAAUAAAUACGGAGGCUAGCGAACAGAGAGUGCUGCUGCCGUGAUUUUAAAUUUAAAAUAAAUUAGAUUAGUCCAAUGGAAGAGGAAUGUCUUCCCUUUCUCGUUA